GGACAGAUGGAAUAGACCGGUCAAGGUAUAAUGUUGAAUAAGGGAAUGUGCUUGUCUUUUUCUCUUACCAGGAAGCUUGAAAAUAAGAGGUUGUCAAGAUGUCUGAAACGGGCGGCGCAUCGGGUGCACCCAAGAAGGGUCUGACACUCGAUGACCUCAUUGCGGCCAUCGACCGGCAUAAAAGGAAUCCGAGCAAUAUCCCAAAGGUCGAUACUUUCCAUUUUUGUGGGGAAAGAGUUUCGGAAUGGCUGGAGCGGGUGAAACAAGCUUUGGUCGGGCGGUCGGACAUUGUAAAGUUUCAACGCAUCCUUCAGUAUGUCCUCCACAGCUACGACCAAGAGGUGAAGAAAGUCAUAGAUGCAACCCAAGGUAGCUGGGAGAGGUUUAAGGAGGGGAUGCAGAGGAAAUACGGCCUGGGAGACGGGUUGUUCACUACCGCGAACCUUGAGGCGAUGAACAAAGAGGAUUUUACAACGAUAGGGGCCUUUGUUCAAGAAUUUAAGAAGAGGGUGCGGAAGAUCCAAGGGAUUUCAGAGGAAGCACAGUGCGCCAUCUUCCUGGGGCUACUCACGGCAUCGGAGGCCGUCGAGUUGACGAGACAUGGAGGAGGUAGCACCAAGCUCUCUUGGGCCAUCAUUAAUAGAGGGGUGAAAUUGGGAUGUUUGGACCAGGUCGAGCAACGUCAGGUACGCCUACAAAGGCAGAAGAAAAAGGAAAGAGAUGCGACCGCUUCUGGGACCCCGGGGGUAACAAGGAUUGUUACAGACGUAUUGGCACAGCUAGGGUAUGCGACAGUGCCGGUGGUGCAAAGGAGGGUGGUGACGGCUAUCAAAGUGAAAGGAAAGGAGCCGGUGAUAGAGGAGGCUGUUCAGGAGAAACUCUGGGAAAAGGAAGAGCCGGUGCCGCAGCACCUGACGAAGGUCCAGCGCAAAGUGUGUAAUUUGGUGCAGGGCGGACAGGGAUCUGGAAAAGCGCAGGCGCCUCAGGCCCAGGCAGCAACCCCUUUAAAUGUGACGGCUCCAUCAUCUAGUACGGGUCCCUCGCAAGGGAAGGAAGUGAUAGAGGUUGGAGAGGACACGCCCCCACAAACGUCAGCAGUGGGCUUGAGACUCGGGGAUGCACCAGGAAACACUCGCCAGGCGGAGGAGAGGAUGCAGAGAGAGGAGGCCCCAUUACCUUCAUCAGAAAAGGCCCCUUCGCUAGAAGGGAGGGCAGAAAGGAGGAGAGAGAGGGCAACUGUAAGGAGAGAAGCCUUGAUCCCGAUUGACAGGCACCUAGCAGCUCAUGCCCUGGAGCACCCAGACCUGGAGGAGCCAGCACCUGCAGAGCCGCGCCAGGAGCCGUGCCAGCCCGAGAAGGAGAUGGAAGCAGAGAUCCCAAAGAGGGUCGACCUCCGCACGAGGGAAAGGGCGCCCGCUGGAGAGACGGCUGAAGAAAAGAGGGCAAGAAGAACCAGGCGGAUAGAUGAGAUAUGGCAGGAGAGGCAGAGGUUGGAGGCAGCGGGGGAGCUUCCGGAGCAGCAGCAGGAGAGGCAGAGAUUGGAGGCACCAGGAGCACUCCUAGGUCAGCCACCCAGCGCACCAGCUAGGGCUCCGGAGAUUCCAGAGAUGUGGAGGGACUUCUGGGAGCAGAGAGGAGAGGAGCUUCCUUCGCCAGUCAGAGCCGGGUUUGGGGUGGCCAGGAAGGCGGACGAGAGGUUAGAUCGUAAAAUCAAGUUUCUGGCCAAGACCACUUUUGACCGGCACUUGUUAUUGGAGGGCGAUCUGGCAGGGAAGAAGAUGAAGGAAGCAAGCCAUGGAGUACGCCUGAAGGCUAUGGAGAUGGAAAUUCAGGAACUCAGGGCAUUGGUGGCCAGCCAGGUAGCUAUCAUCGAGAGCCUGAGGCAGCAAACCCAGGGAAAGGUGAACAGGCCAGAGAGCAGUCGGCAGGGAGAGCAGAGGCAGCCAGGACUGGGAUUGCCAGGACAUCCAUCUGUGGCAGAGCCUCGCCAGGAGCCACGUAUGGGGAGGGUUAUCCUGGAGCCAGAGGAGGCGAGAGCACAGAGACAGGCAGAGAGAGAGACAUUCGAGUUCAGAGCUUCUACCGAGUUCGCGACACUGCCAGUGGCGGUGGCAGGCCCAGUCGUAUAUUUGGCAGUAGAGGAGGGGCUGCCGCCAUCUAGCAUUGAGCCGGCUCAGGGCUCAGCAGAGGGAUCCAUGAACGUGCUCCUUGAGGCGGUGCAUACUAUGCAGGAGGAUGUGAGUUUGUUUUCACCUGAGCAGAGGAUAGAGGAGCCUCUUGAGAGAGAGAUAGGGAUUGAGGCAGAGGGUGCCAUCGAGAGCGGGCUUCAGAGGAUGGGCACGCCUGAGUAUGGGCCAGAGGAGAUUGAGGAGCAGCCCAUGGCAGUGCCAGGAUAGACACUCGAGAGGAGACCUCAGAGGUUGGGCACGCCUGAGU